CCCAUUGUGUACAUGCAUGCAAAAACAGUUUGUACCCCAAAAUACUUCUCGCAUCAAACCUUCCCCCAACUGAAAUUGAAUGGGUGUCGAUUUAAUUCAAUCAGAAAAUGAAUGACGCAAGUGAGGGCGGUAGAAAAUUGCGAGUGAAGGAGCGUAAGACGUACACUGACCAUGAAUUGGACGAUGAUGAUAUUGAGGGGAAACGUCUGUAUAAGAUUGAAGAUAAGGUGAAUGAUGACAAACACUGCAAGGACUAUGCUCGUCAUCUGAAAGGGGAAGAAUUCAAUCUGAAGUAUUUGCAAGAGAAUGGGCUCCAGUUUCCAAUAUUGUUCGCCGAGAAAUCUGGACUUGGUCUCAGAGUUCCGAGCCUCAACUUCAAAGUAAGCGAUGUGAAGGCAUGUGUGGGUUCGCGGCGUAUGCUGGACGUUAUGGACGUGAACACACAGAAAGGCCUUGAAAUGACGAUGAAGGAGUGGGUGCGAUAUUACGAGAACACGGAACGUGAUCGCCUCCUUAAUGUCAUCAGCCUCGAGUUCAGCCAUACAAAGCUAGAAAACUAUGUAGAGUCACCAAACUUGGUGCGAGAGGUGGAUUGGGUGGACACAGCCUGGCCCCAGCACCUGAAAGACUGCCAGACAGAAUCUACCAACGCUAUAGACAAGAUGAAAUAUCCCAAAGUACAGAAGUACUGUCUCAUGAGUGUUGCGGGAUGUUACACAGAUUUCCACAUCGACUUUGGGGGCACCUCCGUGUGGUAUCAUAUACUGCAUGGGGAAAAGAUAUUCUGGCUGAUUCCACCUACUGACAGGAACCUGGCGAAGUACGAGAGUUGGGUGUUGUCAGGGAAACAGGGCGACGCCUUCCUUGCAGACUCCAUAGACGAGUGCCAGAAAAUACGUCUCGUGGCUGGGAACACUUUCAUCAUUCCGUCAGGUUGGAUCCAUGCAGUGUACACACCAAAAGACUCCCUGGUAUUCGGUGGGAAUUUUGUGCACAGUUUCAACAUGGUGAACCAGCUUAAAGUCUCCGCCAUUGAAGAUAAAACACAUGUGCCCAUGAAGUUUCGGUACCCUUUUUAUGCCGAGAUCCACUGGUACGUGCUCGAGAGAUAUGUGCACAGUCUUACAGGAGUAACGUACCUUGAGAAGCCGCAGCUGAACGAAGAUUUGGAGCUUAUUACAAAGCCUGAAAAAGAUCAGGGAAGUGCUAAUUCCAUUGAAGAAACACUGAACAAGCGUCUGGCUGUCUCCCUUACUCGGAUUGAUGAAACUACCCGCCGUCGUUCCACCAGCGAUGACGACAGUACAGCCUCUGGCCCAACACGCUCUCCUGGCCAAUCAGGAAACCCCCUAUUGUCUCGUAACUCAUCGUCAGAGAGCUGCAACUCCAACGAUAUGAAGCUCUCAGAAGAAAAACCGAAGGGACCCUAUAGUAGUCCUGUGAAAAGGACAAAGAAGCACGUUCACUUGACCAAAUACGAGCUAGAAGGACUGACUGAGGUCGCCAACUGGGUGGACAACCUCCCGCCCAGCAAGAGAGGCAUUCCCAAGGACCUCAUUGAUCCAGGCACUAUCCUUAAGGAAAUCAGGCGCCUGAUAGCAGAACAUAUGAAGGACAAUCCAGAGAUGGCUAUAACUGGGGAACCAGUCCUUGAGUGGACGAAAGCGACCAAGAAACUAAUCAAGCUCAAACAGAAGGCCAAGACAGCCAAGCUGCUGGGGGUUGGGACGGUGCCCAAAGCCAAGAGUGCUGGAGGGAAACUAGCUGCAGGGAGCCGGCGUAGACGUGUGAGGUGUAAACAAUGUGAGCCGUGUACGCGGGACGACUGUUUGGAGUGUAAUUUUUGUAAGGAUAUGCGGAAAUACGGCGGACCUGGAACAGCCAAACAGUCUUGCAUCAGCAGACAGUGUCUUCGGCCAGUGUUGCCGAAGUCUGCGGUGUGUCAGAUCUGUACAUCAGCUGUGUGUCGGCUGGAACGGUCGGUCGCCAGUAAGGAAGAUGGGUCGGCAGAUGAGGAGGAGGAUUACUCUACAUGUAUCAUGGAGUGUGGCCUGUGCUGGGAAAUCGUCCACCCGCUGUGUUUGAGUCGAAAGUUCGAGAACCUGACAACUGAGGGGGCAAUUAACGAGGACCUUCCCAACAGCUGGAAAUGUUCCAAGUGUUGCUAUGAUGGCAAAGAGGGACAACUGAAGACACGUGUAUUCAAGGGCGGAUGGCGGCCCAACCCGACCAGCACCCCACCCCCUCUUUCGGUGUCCCCACCCCCAUUAUCAGACAACAGUCGAGUAAGCCCAACCCCCAGGGAUAUCAUUACCGAGGGGAAACGAGUCACCGUCAACCAGGCUGUCAAUCAAGACAUGACAAAACUAGCGGCCAGCUCAAUGAAGGAAGAAAUGGACAUGGAUGUUGGCCCAGAUACAAAAUCUCAACUUAUGUCCAUGCAAGAAGACAGAAAAGAUGAGAUAAAAGAUGAAAUCCAGGAACCUGCAAUCCCUAAACCUGAACCAGUGGACUCACCCCAUAAUAAGAGGAAGCUUACACAGGAUGAGUCUGUUGUUAGAAAGAAGAAGCGGGAUAUCUCACCAGCCCUGCAGAAAAGUCCAAGGUCUUCCAAACAUACAAAAAGCUCACCAGCGUCUAAAUCCCCAUCUCGCACUGGCAGACUGCUCAAGGAACCAUCUGCAGGAACCACAAAACGAUCGAAACGCGAGACUGUGUCCGGACCAUUUUCUUAUGACUUUCACGAUGAUGAUGAUUUAAUGGAUGUUUCCAUGCCAUUACCCGAAAAAGGCAAAGGUAAAAGUCCGAAGGGCAAAAGGUCCUACAUGAGAAAAAAAGACAUAAAACAAAAAGAAAUCGGACAAAGCGCUCCAUCAGCAAAAUUAAAACACAAAGCUUCCGAAAAAAAGGUGUCAGAAGCUAAAACUACUCCUGUAAUAAAGACUGCUGAAAAUCUUGAUAGUGAACAACUUCAGAAAACAUUACUUGAGCAUAUUGAGAAAAGAAACUUGCCGAAAAUAUUACCGAGGUUUGCCCCUCGACCUGCGCCAAUUACUCCACCGGAAGAAUUCUGCGUCACUUCCAGCGGAGUUAAAAAUCCACUUCCUUGUAAACUUUGGACUCGUGUCUUUUGGUAUCUUCCUCAAAAAGAUUUGGCCCACUGUCUAGCUGUUUGCAGUGUUUGGAAUCGGUGGUGCAUAAAUCCGUAUCUAUGGAAAUCUAUUGAUCUCAGUCGUAAGAGAAUUGUCCAGGCACAUUUAAUAGGGAUCGUGAGACGACAGCCGAGAGAAUUAUUCUUAAAUGCUGUCAUCAUGACCCAGAAACAGAUCUUGUGGCUAUUAGAAAGGCUCCCACAUUUAAAAAACUUGCAUAUGUCGAAAUGUAGUUGGGCAACAUUGAGUGGUUUAUGUAUGUCAUCGUGUCCCUUACUUCACACAUUGGACAUCUCCUGGGCAACAGGGCUCAACGACCGAUGCUUCGAGGAUCUCGUUAUGCCCCCUGUCGAUAGAAAACCUGCAGUGAUAAACAUCAGUCGUCUCCAUUGCUUGAAAUCUUUGAAUAUUGCAGGAUCGGAAAUUUCUGACAUGUCGUUAAGUCUGCUUACAGCUCAUUGUCAGAAACUUGAGCAAUUGAAUAUAAGUUACAGUACGAAACUCAGUGAUCGUGGAAUCGAUGCUCUGGUUACUUCUGAAUCAGAAUAUACUAAAACGUUAAAAAGUUUGGACGUGUCUGGCUGUCGACAGCUGACGGAGGGAGCGAUCGAAGUGAUAAAAAAACUGAAAAAACUUGAAUAUUUGUCUACGGUAAACUGUAUUAGAAUUCCUAUUGAAAAAUGCAAAGCUUUGCAAAAUAUGCACAAAUUCAAAAGAUUCAAUUACUAAAAACAAGUCACAGGUCUUAAGUUCAGUAAUGUACAUACUGUUGAAAGCGUUUUUGUUACAUUUAGCAUGAACUGUUUCUGCAAUAUUUUUAUACACAUGUACAUGUAGUUCUGUACUAUACAAUUCUUAUAUAAACAAUUACAGUGUGGAUGCCACAUGAUAAAAUAUGUCAUAUAUGGUACAUUGAAAAGCAACAUUUUGCUUAAAUGAAAACAUAAAACAAAUAUAAUUUUCUUUUACUACACCAUUUUAAAUGAAACAAAGGGCAGUCUUUUCCGCUUAAAGAGCUCUGCCUAUGUUUUAUUACAGGAGUUUGAUAAGGUGAUUAGUAUCAUCAAUCACUUUGACAAACAUGUUUCUGAAAUAAUUUUUUGACAGUGCUUCGUAAGAUGACUGUUUAGUGAGAAGGUUUGUCGAAGUGUUUGAUGAAACUAAACGCUUAAUGAAACUCUGGUAAAAGACCAAAGGCUGGGUUCCACAAGUGGUGUAGACUGCGCUAUUUUUCAUUUAAAAUGGUGAAGAAAGAGUUAUCUUUGUUUAAAGUCUUCAUUCGAAGCAAAAUAUUGCCUUCCGAUGUAGCAUUUAUGACACAAUUUAUCACGAUGUAUACACAUACUGAAUUAGAAAAAAACAUGAAUAUCAAGUGCAGUUCCAUAUCAUUGCAAAAUUCAUAACAUAUAACCUAAUCACACUAAGGAACUAUUCUUUUCCCUGUAUUAAAGUGGCUAUACACUGUAUGAUUAAAUAGCUGAAAAAAAAGAAAAUUGUCAAAAGCUGACAUAAACUUGGUAUCGACGUGUAUGAUGCAUUGAAACUAACUAACUGAAGUACCACAUAGUUUAAAAUUAAUUUAUUUUUUGCAGUUUUUUUUUUUUCCAUUAAAAAAGAUUACCAGGUAUGUCUACCUAGUAGAAUUCAUUUUUAUGCAUGAUUGGCUAGUCGUUGUUAUCACGUGAUAUAACCAAGUUAGGUAUAGAGCUUAAAUCUUCCAAAAAAUUAGAGUAAGCCUUUGUACAUGUAGCUCAGUGGAUACAACACUGGACUGCAAUUUUGGUGACACUGCUUCCAACCCGGUCUCCAACUCCAUUUAUUUUUUUACAUUUUGGUAUUUUUAUUACAAUUAUGAUAUCAAAGAGUAAAACAUUUGAGAUUCGUGACAGAGAAAAAACUUUUUUUGGUGCCAAUCUGGUGUAUAGUCCCUUUAAUGGCUGCAGAAUUUGUUAAUGAGGCUACAGAUCGAUGGUUUUUAACAUGGUCAAAUUUCCAUAGGGGUGAUAAUUUGACAAAAAACAUCAAAACACAAAUUAAGAGAGGCUUCUUUGCAUUAUCGGACUAGUCAGCCCACAACCUUUAAACGGACUGAAGCUGAAGACCAUUCAAUGUCUGUUACUAGUGUAGAUUGACUGGGAGGCUACUAUAUUGUCAGGAGGUUGGAAUAGGUCUGUACUACAUCUUAUAUUAAACCACACUUUAUAAUUUGACUUUUAAAUUGUCACUCAGUACUAACAUAUGUAUCACAAACAUAAAUUUCGAGUGAUGAACCUUAAACUACUUACUCUAAACUAAUGUAUUUAUGUGCUCUAUUAUUGUUUCGUGUUUUCUACACCUUUCUUUCAAAUUAAACAGGGUAUCCUGCAUGAGAACCAUUGCUUUCAACAUUUACUCACCCUGGUAUAUUAAAACAAUUAUAUUCAGUGUGGUAAAUCUUAUUUGAGAGAAAGAGUGCAUUCGCAUCAGUGAAUUUUUCCACAUGGGAAGACGUCAUAUUCUGUAUAAAACAAGUAUUAAAUAUUAAUUCAGACAAACGUUAUGUUUGCAAUUGUUGUCCUUAAAUGUUUGUCUUCUUGGGAGGUUACACACAACCAAUUUUUCAGAGGACCUUAUAUUUUGUUUUGAGAAAUAGUGACCGGUCACUAUUUUUUCAUAAUGCCCGCUAAACUACAUGUUGAAUAUGAUACUUUUUAAAGGCCCACUGUCACUUUAAGUAUAGAAGUAAAUUAUGUAAGGUAUUAUAUAUAUAUAUAUUGUUAUGGGAGGUUUCAACGUUAACUGUAUUGAAUUUGUUUCGUCUCAGUUCUUGUUCAAUAAAUAGAAAAGAAAUACCUGUUUAUUU